AUGGCCAAAGCUUCCCUUUUCGCCCUGAUGGGCGCGGCCAUGCCGUCCACGGUGUCUGCUGCUGAGUGGAACUACACCCUGCCACUGCCGGCAGCGGUCCCACGCCUUGACCUCAGAGGAACUAUCAAUGACGGGCUCCUCGAGGCGCUCCCGAUGAGGACAAACUAUACUAUAGAGCCCUGGGGGUAUGGAUGGAUCCCGAAAGACUGCAAGCGCGAGAUCGAGGCCCAGGACUACAAGUCCGUCGACGUGGAGGUCUUCAACGUAUUUGGCCGCAUGCCCCUCGACAUGAGGGAAUUCGUCUCGGAAGUGAUCCUCCUGCCUUCGUUUGUCUACGAGGAAAGCGUAGCUCACACUUCAAGCGAGGGGUCCAUCACCUUUCAAGAUGACGGUCUGUUCCAGACCGUCAUGGCCCACGAAAUGUCCCACCAGCUCGACUGGUAUGGUCAGGCCGACAUCACCGGCGGCGGCGGCGCAGGAGCACCCUUCAGCAACUCCAAGAUUUGGCAGGACAACUACAACCUUGAUACGGCCUGUGUCACUGACUACGCUCGUACUAAAUGGAGUGAGGAUUUCGCCGAGUCGGGAGCCAUGGGAUUGUAUGACAGGCUGGUUCCUGGUGGCCUCAGGGCUGCGUAUCCCAGCACAGACGGUGCCUACCACCAACUACAUACCUUUGAGACAUACAUGGAGAGUUAUAUUGCGCCGAAGCCCAAGUCUACCUGCACCCACCGCCGUUCCAACGGUGAGGCCGUCCCCUUGACAGAAUCGAUGAGGGCCCUGGGGAAGAAGCCCGAUACCUCGUUUGCGUCGUUUGCCGACGUCGAGGUCCUCCCUCGUCCAGAGGAGUCGUUUACCCUCUGUUACCCUCUGUGA